GCGAGCGGCCGACCUGCCAACACUCACUGACACUCACUCAUCUCAGAGCGCGCGCGCGAGACAUCUCCGCCGCGUUUUAAAACUCUUUUCCUUUUUACACUAGUAAUAAAACUAGAAAGCGGACCGGAGGCUUAAAGGAGACAGGGAGUUGUUGGAUGAAAACGGGGCUAAAAAGAUUCAUCCUCUCUUGAACAUCAUCACCAACCAUCAUUCAUUCAUUACCUUGACAACCUCUGGCUUUGAUUGACAGCUGGAGUGGCAAAAAGCCACGAGACGCGACAGUUUGGUUACAUGCAUGUUGUUGAUGUAACCUUCAGUUGGGUGAAGCUUGACUUUUUUUUUUUCCCCCUUUCUUUUUUUUUUCUUUUUUUUUUUUCUUCUUUUUUCUUUUUUUUUUUGGUGGCAAAGAGGAAAAGAAAAAUAACUGCAAAACUCUUCCUGAUGCCCGAGCUCGUUCUCAGCCGUACUGGAGAAUAGGAGAAUUCAGCAAGAGGCUCGAAAAGGGAAUCUGAGCAGCGCAUGAGUUUGUGAGCGGACUGGGAAAUUAAAUCGACGACACAGAUCCAGAGGUUUAUUGGAGCGCAGGCUGAUGGCGCAAAGGUACGAUGAGCUGGCUCAUUACGGCGGCAUGGACGGGGUCGGUAUGUACGGGGAUCCUCACGCGCCUCGGCCGCUCCCGCAGGUCCAUCAUCUGAAUCACGGACCGCCGCUCCACGCCAGCCAGCAUUACGGCACACAUGCCCCCCAUCCCAAUGUCAUGCCCACCAGCAUGGGCUCAGCUGUCAACGACGUGUUAAAGAGGGAUAAAGAUCAAAUUUACGGUCAUCCUCUGUUUCCUCUGCUGGCUCUGGUGUUUGAGAAGUGUGAGUUGGCCACAUGUACCCCCCGUGAGCCCGGGGUGGCUGGAGGAGAUGUGUGCUCCUCUGACUCCUUCAACGAGGACAUCGCUGUCUUCGCCAAACAGGUCCGUGCAGAAAAACCUUUAUUUUCUUCAAAUCCAGAGUUGGAUAAUUUGAUGAUUCAAGCCAUACAAGUAUUACGGUUUCAUCUUUUGGAGUUAGAAAAGGUGCACGAACUCUGCGACAACUUCUGCCAUCGGUACAUCAGUUGUUUGAAAGGAAAAAUGCCUAUAGAUUUAGUGAUUGAUGAACGGGACGGCAGCUCAAAAUCAGACCACGAGGAGCUCUCGGGAUCUUCAACCAAUUUAGCCGAUCAUAAUCCAGCGUCCUGGAGAGAUCACGAUGAUGCCACGUCCACACACUCGGCUGGAACGCCGGGACCCUCCAGCGGAGGACACGCCUCACAGAGCGGAGACAACAGCAGCGAACAAGGAGAUGGUUUAGACAACAGUGUGGCUUCACCUGGCACAGGCGACGAUGACGACCCAGACAAAGACAAAAAACGGCAGAAGAAACGUGGAAUCUUCCCGAAGGUCGCUACUAACAUCAUGCGUGCGUGGCUCUUCCAGCAUCUUACACAUCCGUAUCCUUCAGAAGAACAGAAGAAGCAGCUCGCUCAGGACACGGGUCUCACCAUCUUACAAGUCAACAACUGGUUCAUUAAUGCGAGAAGAAGAAUAGUACAGCCCAUGAUUGACCAAUCAAAUCGAGCAGGUUUUCUUCUUGAUCCUUCAGUGAGUCAGGGAGCGGCGUACAGUCCAGAGGGACAGCCAAUGGGCAGCUUCGUCCUGGAUGGACAGCAACACAUGGGAAUCCGACCGGCAGGUCCCAUGAGCGGAAUGGGCAUGAAUAUGGGCAUGGACGGCCAGUGGCACUACAUGUAAUGGCAUUACUGUAAAGAAAAGGGGGAAGUGUGCCGGGGUGUUUGAAACAAAGUGUGGUCCCACCACCACCUCUCCACCGACAGUCCAUUGUCUCUCGCAUUUCCCACCCAGAUCUCAACAUCACACUCCAACCUGUGCGGCCAUGCUAAUGCACGGACAACCCCCCUCCUCGCGCAGAACUGACCCCGCUGACCCCAGUGCUGCUGGACAUGCUCAAUGACGCAAGGGAACCAACCAAUAACAUCAAGGAUGACACUGACAAUAAGCCCAAGACAGAUUUUUUUAAAAGAAAACCAGUGCAGCAUCCGACAGCUGAAUCAGAUGCUUCAUAUGGAGUUCCAGACGAGUUGUGAUCAUUUGUAAUCUUGUGAAUUUGUUACUUUCAAUGCUGGAGGACCAAGAGCUGAGGAGAACACUUUAAGUCUUGGGUUUUUGUUCAAAUCACCAGAAGAUGUUUCAGCUUCUUACACAUACACACAAACAUAAAAAAAAACACACAAAAGAGACUCCAAGAGUUGAAACUACUGUAGUAUAAAAGCAUAGAAACUAAAUUAAAACUUGUACAUUUUUAUCACUCACUUUAUGUUUUCUGCUAGUCCUAGAGUAAAACCUUGUUUGUCACAUUAUGUGCGUUGUUCCUUGAAACAGAGACGCUCCGAUCGCAACAAUAACUAGCGAAACACAUCUCGGCCCAGACACUAGCACUACACGGGCGAA